AUGACAAACAACUUUGAACACAGGUCCUCUCUCGGCCACUUCUGGUCGCGGCUAAGGGGGCACACUCCCGACCCCGAUGCUCCGGUGAACGACUCAGCGCCUAUCCCGGAGACCUGGCUCCUUAACGCUCAUGUCAGCGAGGCCCAAGGGACGCGCGAAACGAUGGAAGACAUGCACAUGAUCAUACCCGAUUUCGCGGGGGUGGACGGUCAAGGGUUUUACGCCGUCUACGAUGGCCAUGGCGAUGACGUCGUCGCCAAGUACGUCGUAGAACACUUGCACGAGAUGCUGCUGCACGAGAUGACCAAGCGCCCCAACAAACCCAUGGCCCGGCACUUCCGGGAGACGUUCCUCGAAAUCGACAGCAAGAUCAACCGUCUCGGAAUCUCGGAACGCGCUGCAGUCAACGACUGGGCGGGAUCCGGCACUACGGCCGCGGUGGCGUUCGUGCGCCUGGAAGCCGCCGAUGGCGCGUCGGCGAAGGAGAAGAAGGGAGAUCCCACGCGUGCGGGUGGCGGGCAACGGCAGCGAGUGCUGCACUGCGCGAACGUUGGCGACUCGCGUGUAGUGCUCUGCCACGGCGGAAAGGCGAUCCGCCUCACGCUCGACCACAAGCCGGAUGACCCCGAAGAAAAAAAGCGGAUCCUACGCCGUAAUGGUACCGUCGAAUACGGACGCAUCGACGGGGGUUCACUGAACAUGUCGCGAUGCCUGGGCGACUGGCCUCUAAAGCGACCCGGAUGGGUCAUCGGGGUGCCGUCCGUGGCCCAACGGGUGCUCGGCGACGAGGACGAGUUCCUGAUCAUCGCGUGCGACGGACUCUUCGACUUCGUGAACGAUCAGGAGGCGGUAGACGCGGUUCGCUCCAAGGCCGAUCCGCGCGAUGCAAGCUCGAAGUUGAUAGAGCUGGCGUUCGAACGACGUACAAAUGACAACGUCACGGUGAUGGUUGUACGCCUGGGACCCGUCCCUGAUAUCUCCUGA